CAGUGGAUCAGGAGGAUGUCGGAGCAGCAGAGUGCCCCGGAGCAGCUGGCUGCUGGGAAGAGCCAGGGUGGAGCUGGAGCCACAUAUAAGGUGUUGCUGUUUGAGUUUGAGAACUUCCAGGGCUGCAAGGCCGAGUUUUCUGCAGAGUGUAAAGAUGUGACGGAGAAAGGACUGGAGAAGGUCGGAUCUGUCAUAGUUGAGUCAGGACCCUGGGCGGGUUAUGAUCGGCAUGGCUUCACAGGGGAGCAGUUUAUUCUGGAGAAGGGCGAGUAUCCACGCUGGGACACCUGGACCAACAGUCAGAACAGCUACUCCCUCUUAUCUCUAAGGCCACUUAAAGUGGACAGUGCAGAUCACAAGCUACACCUGUAUGAGAACCCUGGAUUUACUGGUAGAAAGAUGGAGAUUGUGGAUGAUGAUGUGCCCAGUUUGUGGGGCCAUGGUUUUCAGGAUCGUGUGGCGAGCGUCAAGGCUCUUAACGGAACAUGGGUCGGCUACAUGUACCCAGGCUACAGGGGGCGCCAAUUUAUCUUUGAGCGAGGAGAUUUCAAGCACUGGAACGACUGGGAGGCCCCUGCACCUCAGAUCCAGUCUGUCAGACGUGUGCGGGACAUGCAGUGGCACAAGAGGGGCUGUUUCAUUGUCCCAGACCCAGCUCCAGCUCCCGGCCCAGGACCCGGCCCCGACCCCGACCCCGCCCCAGCACCUCCUGCCCCACCCGCCACAGCUGGAGCCAGCUGA